AUGAUGAUGGGGAGGUCGCCGCGAUUCCCGAUGUACGACAAUGAUUUCGGGUGGGGCCGGCCGCUGGCGGUGAGGAGCGGGAAGGCGAACAAGUUCGACGGCAAGACGUCGGCUUUUCCCGGGAGGGAAGGCGGCGGGACCGUGGAUCUGGAGAUUGUUUUGGCGCCGGAGACGAUGGCCGCGAUUGAAGCGGACCGCGAGUUCAUGCAAUAUGUUUCGAGAUGA